AGUGCUUACCAUUUACUAUUUUUCUCCAUUAUUAUCGUGAGAAUGAUUAGAAAUGUGCAAACUGGAAAACAAAAUAUGGUGAACGGGGAAAAAAGGAAAAUAAGGUGAACUAAAACUAAGGCGAAUGGAAAUAUUAAAUAGUAAAAUUUUGACGGUCAAGAUUGUUUUAUUUUAAUCGUUUUGCACCCCUGUAGUGUAAUUAGGGUUUUGUAAAUUCGUUUCUUUUAUUGAGGGUGAGGCAUAUAGGUUUAGAGUUUUCAAGGUAGGGUUCGGCGAGUUCAUUUGUUUUGAGCAGGGUUGAAGCAGGGGUAGGUUUAGGGUUUCUCUCAGCAACCAUGGCCGAACAGACCGAGAAAGCCUUUCUGAAGCAGCCAAAGGUUUUUUUAUGUUCGAAGAAAUCUGGUAAGGGAAAGCGGCCUGGGAAAGGCGGGAAUAGGUUUUGGAAAAAUGUUGGUCUGGGAUUUAAAACACCCAAGGAAGCUAUACAAGGGACAUACAUUGACAAGAAAUGCCCAUUCACGGGCAAUGUAUCAAUUAGAGGCCGUAUAUUGACGGGUACGUGCCACAGUGCAAAAAUGAACAGAACAAUCAUUGUUCGCCGUAAUUAUCUUCACUUCGUCAAGAAGUAUCAAAGGUAUGAGAAGAGGCACUCAAACAUUCCCGCACACAUUUCACCCUGCUUCCGUGUAAAGGAAGGAGACCAUGUUAUAAUUGGGCAGUGCAGGUGGGAUGGAUUCUCUGUAUUGUUCAUUGUUAUUGAAACUGUUAAAAAAGAUAUUUUUAUUUAUUGUGGAGUGCUGAUUUUCUUUUGUGAGAUCUUGUAAAUAAAUCGUCUCUUUCUAUUUUCAGACCUUUGUCCAAGACUGUUAGAUUCAAUGUUCUGAAGGUGAUACCUGCGGGUAGUAGCAGUGGGACAGCAAAGAAAGGAUUUGCUGCAAUCUGAUUAUACCUAUAUUAAGACUAUGGCAUACAUUAUGAUUUUGUUAAGUAGUUCUAAGAAAGGCCUUAUGACAAUCUUUUGCGGAGAGGAAUAUUUGAUUCUAGUUUGUUCAAUAUUUUUUCUUGUUUAAUGUAAUUCCUAACAUUGUCGAGUGUAGGGAAGAAAUACAAUGCUGAUUGUUUUUAUGUUC